AUGGAUCAUCUUAAGCAAACGUUUGCUCAGUGCAAGAAGGAAGGUCGCCCGGCACUCGUCACCUAUGUGACGGCCGGCUUUCCCAGCGUGGAAGAGACUCGGGACAUCUUGCUGGGCAUGCAAGCUGGAGGUGCCGAUAUCAUUGAGCUCGGUCUACCUUUCACUGACCCUAUUGCUGAUGGGCCAACCAUUCAAAAAUCCAAUUUGAAGGCGCUGGAAAAUGGUGUCACCAUCUCGUCGAUGUUGGAGAUGGUCCGUGAUGCCCGCCAGCAUGGACUCAAGACGCCUGUGCUUUUCAUGGGCUAUUACAACCCAAUCUUGCGCUACGGAGAAGCCAAGCUUCUGGCGGAUUGCAAAAAGGUCGGUGUAAAUGGCUUCAUCCUGGUCGAUCUGCCGAUCAAAGAGGCAAUUCGAUUCCGCGAAGGCUGCACAAAGACAGGCCUCUCAUACAUUCCAUUGAUUGCACCAUCUACCACCGAGGAUCGCAUGAAGACCCUUUGCCAAAUGGCUGAUUCCUUCAUCUACCUGGUGUCCCGCAUGGGCGUAACUGGCGCCACUGGAACUCUGGACUCCGAACUUCCCGCACUUAUCCAGCGCGUGAAAGAUCUUUCAGGGAAUGUGCCUGUGGCCGUUGGCUUCGGUAUUAGCACACGCCCUCAUUUCCUCAGUGUGACCUCAAUUGCGGAUGGCGCUGUGAUCGGUAGUCAGGUCAUCAAUGUCCUCAACGAUGCACCAGCUGGACAGGCCGCGAAGGCUAUCGAGGAUUACUGCUCGGAGAUUACUGGAAGAAAGGUCACCCGUGAUACCUCAGCCCCCUCAGCUUCCCCAGUGGCGGAGGCCACCGAGUCUGACUCAAUUGCCGAAGAAUACACAUCUGAUCUGAAGGAUGGUCUGGGCCGAUUCGGUGUUUUCGGUGGUCAAUACGCCCCGGAAGCCUUGAUCACCUGUCUGGAUGAGUUGAAUGUCGCCUUUGAAAAUGCCAUCAACGACCCAACGUACUGGGCCGAACUCCAAUCGUACUAUCCUUACAUGGGUCGCCCAUCUAGCCUACACCUCGCUCAACGUCUCACCGAGCACGCAGGUGGCGCGAAUAUCUGGUUGAAGCGCGAAGAUUUGAACCACACUGGUUCUCACAAAAUUAACAACGCUCUCGGUCAGAUUCUUAUCGCACGUCGCCUCGGUAAGACUGAGAUUAUCGCCGAAACAGGCGCAGGUCAGCACGGUGUCGCUACUGCUACAGCGUGUGCCAAAUUCGGUAUGAAGUGUGUCAUCUACAUGGGUGCAGAGGAUGUCCGUCGCCAGGCUUUGAACGUAUUCCGUAUUCGUCUCCUCGGUGCUACCGUCAUCCCUGUGGAAUCGGGCUCACGUACCCUUCGGGACGCUGUCAAUGAGGCAUUCCGCGCUUGGAUUACUCGCCUGGAUACUACACACUACAUUAUUGGCUCAGCCAUCGGGCCUCACCCCUUCCCAACAAUGGUUCGUACCUUGCAGAGCGUCAUCGGAGAAGAAACCAAGAGCCAACUUCGUGAAUUGGGUAAGAGCCCCGACGCUGUGGUUGCUUGUGUUGGCGGUGGCUCUAACGCCACUGGAAUGUUCUAUCCCUUCUCCAAUGAUCCCUCCGUCCAACUUGUUGGUGUCGAAGCCAGUGGAGACGGUUUAGACACCGAGCGACACUCAGCCACGUUGACUGGUGGCUCUGUGGGAGUUCUUCACGGUGUUCGCACCUACGUUCUCCAGAACGAACACGGUCAAAUCUCCAACACCCAUUCUGUUUCUGCCGGUCUUGACUAUCCUGGCGUUGGUCCAGAGCUCGCAAGCUGGAAGCAGAGUGGUCGAGCCACAUUCAUCAGUGCCACCGAUACCCAAGCCUUCGAAGGUUUCCGACUUCUCAGCCAGUGUGAGGGCAUCAUCCCAGCAUUGGAGACCUCUCACGCGGUGUGGGGUGCCAUCGAGACCGCCAAGAAAUUGGGUCCUAACAAGGACAUCGUGAUCUGCCUGAGUGGACGCGGAGAUAAGGACGUGCAGACUGUCGCGGACGAGCUGCCCAACAUCGGCCCCCAAAUCGGAUGGGACCUACGUUUUUAA